AGCGCAUUUAAAUCUGUCACUGUCAAUGCAUCAGAAACAAAAACAAAAUCCGUUUUUGAAAGAUGCUCUUUUGUAUCGAAAAUAUUUAAAUUGAGACAUUUUUAAUAGAAAUAAAAAAUGGAGCAAGUGCGAUUAUUGGUACAAGAACAGGGCAGAGAAGCUAGGAAUUUAUUAACAUUCAAUAUUUCAGCUGCUAAAGAGGAAUUUAGAAGUAAAGUAGCAAGAAAACCACCUUUUUCUCCUAGAACUAAUACUGACGCCAAUUCAAAGUCAUCGAAUAUAAGAUCUAGAACAGGGGCUCGUGUACGUUCGGCUUCUACAGGAAGAGACAAAAGAUCUGAGUUCAGAGCUCGAUAUUGGGCUUUGCUUUUUGGAAAUUUACAAAGAUCUAUCGCGGAUAUUUACAGCACAGUUGAAAGUCAUGAGAGCCUUAAUGAAUGUCAAGAGGUGCUUUUAGUUUUGGAAAAUUAUUUACGAGAUUUUUCUGCUUUAGCUGAUUGGUUUAGGUUAAAAUGGGAUUACGAAAAUACUCCUGCUUUACAAAGACCUACAUCCUUAACUUGGGAUAUUUGUAAGACUAAUUUGACAAAAACAUGCAGAUCUGGUAAAUCUUCACCAUGUUUAGCAUCUGGAAGGAACAGUCCUAAUGUUUCUUCAGGAAAAAUUAGUCCUAAAUUGUUACAAAAUAAAACAAAAUCCUCGAAUUCUUGUCCUACUAGUCCUUUACCAACAAUAGAUUUACCAAUAAUCGAAGGACAACCUUUAAUGACUUCCCAAGUAGUUGGAGUCGAUGAAAAAGUUGAAAAUAAAGUAGAUGAAGUAAAUGAUAAGGAUAAGAAGGACGAAAAGGACAGUUUUGAUAGUAAAAAUGAUAAUCUAUCGACAACUGUACAAGUUAUAAGUGAGAUAAUUAAUGAAACUGUACCAUUGAAAGAAAAACUAGUUGUUGAAGAAGAUUCCAUAGCUGUGAAUUUAGAAGUCGAACAGAAAUUUAAUGGAAACGUCAAAAAACCAGAGACAACAAAGAAAAAACCAGAACCGAUAAAACCAGAAAACAGAAUCAAAUCUACCCCAAAAACAAAUGUAAAAACAUCAAGUGUAAAAUCUGAUAAAAACUCUCAAUCAAAAACAAAACCACUGGAAACUACAAGAACAAAUACUAAAACACCCACCAAAAAAACAGUCAAAGAUGAAGAAAAAACCAUCACAGACAACAACACUAGCGAAAAUCAGUUGAAGAAGAACAAUUUGGAGUUAAACCUCAAGGAAUCCCAAGAUGUGACUAAAAAACAUUUAGAUUCCCCAAGCGAAGAUCAACGAACUUAUGAUACCCUACGUAAAGUAGGUGUAAAGAGUGCAGAAAAAAGCACCUGCACUGAUGAAGAUUUCCCCAAAUUACCUAUUAGAAGAAACGUCGUGAAAGUAAACAGGGAUUGUCAAACUGAAGAAGAAACUAAAGAACCAGAGAAAAGAGAACAUGAUAAGAAAGAUAGAGAAUUAGAAAAGAAAGAUAAGGAAGUUGAUAAGCGUUCAAAGGGUAGUAAACCAGAAGUGAAACCUGCGAAACAACCUCCUGUUGUAAGAGCGGCAUAUUCAACAGCUUUAACCAAAAGUGCUUCAGCUAAAAUUGUACCACCAAGAACUAAAGUAGAAACAAAUGUGAGGAGCAGUAACACUAUUAGGAAUUCAAUGACCCCAAAACCGACGACAAAAUCCUACUCUUCGCGACCUAUUCCAAAUCCACGAUCAACUAAACCGGAAGUUAACGUUCUUGCUCGCAGCAAGACAGUUAGCGAUAUGAAAAAUUCCAAUUUUACGUCAAGGAAUUAUACGAAACCGUCGCCGAGACCGUCUCAACCGCAAAAAACUCACGUUUCGAAUCCUUGUACGGUUUUACAAAAGAGUAAAACGACUUUAAGUAAAGAUCAGUUGACCAAAUCACUUUCUUUGGACGAAUACGCUAGUUCGGCGGAAACUUUGGUCAAUCAAGAAAGGAGUACCGCUAAUACGAAUAGUAGUAAUAGCAUAGCGAGUUCUUCGGAGACUCUAAAUAACGAAAACGUUAAAAAACCGGCCGACGGUUGGUUAACCGUCAAAGUGAGAUCGAGAUUCAAGAACGGCGGUAAAGCGAGAAAUUCUAACAACUCCCUAUCGUGGGCGAAUAGAUUUCAUCAAGUUAGUGCGACGGCUAGUCUACCCGCUCUCGCCCUCCUCCCCGAAUGUUCGGAUGCGUCGAAACCUCAAAAAUCCAUCGAGAAGUGCGUCAAGGAAAAUCUAAAUUCGUUGAAAUCGCUAAAAAAUAACGCGGAAAACGCUAGCGGCGACGCUAACAAAAAUAUUUUAAAAAGAUCCAAUACGACCGUCAGUAAAAUAACGGUUAAGACGCCCUUCAAUCAAAACGACAUCAUUCAAGAAAAAAACAAGACCAAUAUGCAGAUCAAGAGGACCGUGGAAAGAGAACAGAAGAAAAUAUCGGACGUAGAUUCGGAAACUGACGACGAGAUGAGACUAAAGGAUAUGCAAGAAGAAUUGGCAACCGAAGAAGAACACCGUAUGAAAGCGAAACAACUUUCAGAAGAAGAAGAUCGUCUAACGAAAGAAAUCGAACAUCUUCAAGGUCUAGAAAUCGAAGUCGAUACCGAAACCGACGGUACAGAAACGGACGGUGACGAGUUACAGGGUGAUAACGAUGACGAUACCGAACAAGACGUCACCAUUCUCCAAGACGAUGAAAUGUCAUUGGAAGCAAGAUACGAACCGAUGCUAGCGGAAAUGUCUUGGAGCGAACGCAUCGAUACUUUGGCAGCUUUAGAAGCUCUAUCGGCUCGUCAUCCUGGUAGAGCUUUAGAACUCCAUCAGAAAUUAUCGAAUCCGGCUCGUAGACGAAGCUUAGCCGAAACCGUCCGUAGAUAUCAAGCGAAACAAGCCAAAGCCCAACAAAGGCGACAGGAUUUGCAACAGGAGAAGACGCAGAAGCUGCAAGCGUUGUUAGCUCGAGUCGAAGACGUUAAAGCAGCUAAAUUACAAUUGAUAGAAGAAAAACGAAAGAGAAUGGAGAUGAGAUUACAAAAAGCAGCUAUGAAUCGUAAAAGACACAUAAAGGAUAUUAUAAAGAAAGCGCACGACGAAGAGGAGAAAUUGAAAGAGAUCGCCUUUAUCAACGAACUCGAAGCUCAAAAUAAAAGACACGAUUAUUUACAAUCCUGCCGAGAACAACGAGGUAGAAUACGCGGUAUCCAAGAGGACAGGCGUAAACGACAAGAAGAAAAAGCCGCCAAAGAAGCGGCCGUCGAAGAAAGAAGAAAAGCAUUGGAACGCGAACGAUUAGAAAGAUUGGAUAGAAUGCAAGACGAACGAAGACAAAGAGACGAAAGGAUAGGGCAACAACAACAACAAAGAGAAAGGGAACGACAGGAACUGGCCAGAGAGAAAGCUAGAGAUAGAGAAGAACGUUUGUCUGCUUUACACGAAAAACAAUUAGCUUCGACUCAGGAAUUACAGAAACGCAUAGAACAGAAACACGAAGAUACGAAAAGGAGACACGACGAAAAUAUGGAACAGAUCAGACAAAAGGCUUUGGAAUUAUCGAUACAUAGGAGUCAGAACGAGGAUAAUCAAGCGCCUAAUAUGGUACCGUACGCUACUCAGAAAAUGUGCUCGGUCUGUAACGUACUAAUAAAAUCUGAAGUAUAUUUGAUAAGUCAUCUGAGAGGUAGGAUGCACCAGGAAGCUGUAAACAAAGCAAAUCUGUCACCAGGUGAUGUGGAGCAAUAUAACGUUAAACAAAUAGUGGAAGCGCCUGAAGAAAAAGAAGAUCCCAAAGCGGUAGCUGCGAAAGAACGUGGAAAAACUUAUAGAAAACGUUGUAAGAAAAUUAGACAGAGGAUGGCGAUCAAAGGAGCUGAAUACGAAACUAAAUACAAACCUAACGUCACCGAUGGUACAAAUAAACGUAGUUUGAAUCGUAGUAUAAACACUAUUGGUUCUAUAACUAAUCAAGCUAGUUUGGGGCUUUCUCCGGCGACUACUAGCCAGUUGGAUAGAAUAUUGAACGAAUUGACGAGAUUGUUGAGUAAAGGAGUGAAAAAUGAUCUUCUGAUGUUUCAAAGUGUCGGUGGUUUCGCCGUUUUGGGGAAACUAUUAACUUUAGGACUAGAUGGUAAUUGUUCUAUAUCCGUAAAAACGCUCAUUAUUUGCUGUAAUUUGUGGCAGAUCGCUUGCGGGGGUCCCGAAGGGGCUAAUAAUUGCGAAUACGUGAUUCUGUCAAAUCGAUUGGCACCCGUUAUUGAUAUUUUGAACAUGAAAUUAUCGACACUUGAAGAUUACGAAGAAACUCUACCGAGCGAACCUCUAUGUACUGCUUUGAUGCAGUUACUGGCUACCGUUUUGAAAAAUGCUCCUCCAGAAACACCCGCCGUUAGAGUUCACGACAUCGUAAGUUUUUCCGUAUGCGUUGGUGUAGUGGAACAACUAGCGAAAUGUUGUUUAUCAGUUAGAGAACCAGUACACGAUAUACCGACUGCUUGUUCGUUCUUAUUGGCAGCAUUGGAAUUUUUAGCUGCUUUAACCGAUCACGCGCCCGAAGAUUCCGAUACCACACAUUUGGUUAGUACUUUACACGCUACGGAGCUACUAGGAUGUGUUUCGAUGUUGUACGGAUCUCUUCUACCUCCCGAUUCAACACCUAGGGUCGAAGGACAACAACCGCCUUCGAUUCCGACUCCUUGUCUAUCGUUAGCUUCCGUUACCUUCAAAUUAUUGAAGAGAGUAGCGGAAUUGGACAUUAAGAAGUUCCAAGAAGUACUCGGAGCGGAAGGGAUAUCUCUACAGUUCCGCCACAUAGCUAGUCAUUUAAUUUGGUGUUGCGCUUCUCCAAACGUUCCAAAAAAUCACGGUAAGGAAAAUACCGUUACAGAAUUAGCUUAUCAAGAAUUGUUACAUCAAGUAAUCACCGUUACCGGGUAUUUCGCCGUAGAAAAUAACGAUAACCAAAUGCUAUUGGUUAGCGGUCAAUCUCCGUCGGUGUUACAGCAAAUGUGUUCUCUACCUUUUCCUUAUUUCUCAGUGGAAUCGCUUUCCAAUAUAUUAUAUCCGACUCUUCUGGCAUGUUGUUCCGGAAAUGAGCACACGACAUCUAUACUCAAACAAGAACUAUCCUACAGCAUUUUGGAAGAAUUCAGAAAUUCCGAAGCUGGUAGACGACACCGCUUGGUGAAAUUGUUGUCCAAAAAGGCAGUCAAGUGAAACGUUAUUUUUUAUGUGAAUAUUAUUAUUAGAAGUUUUGAAUUUCGA